GUCCGUUGUCCACGAGCCUCUUUCGUGUCUUCUACUGUUCAAUCUUUUGAAAGUUCCUUGUAACACUCUUUGCAAUGGGUUCUACAUCGACCGAUCCUUCGCUGGCCGAUAGAUUGGCAGACGCUCUACCCGCUCAGGCUGGCUUCAAGUUCUAUCACAUCAGCACACCUCCCAAACGUUCACCCGCUCUGUUCUCGGCUCCGCCAGGUGCUAAGCCCGAGAAAACGUACACGGAAUCUCAUUUUCUCAAUGUAUCUGUCCGUCAUGGGGGCGAAGAAGUCUUCAUAUUUGCGAUUGAAGUUCUGAUCUACACUACGCGCCGACUCACUACGAUAUUCGUCUCGAAGGCCGAUUCGACCGGAUAUCUGGCAUUGCUCAAGCUGGGGAAAGGCCAUUCAAGCCCUCUGCGAACGAUUGCGACUUCUUUCCUUGGAUAUCUGGUAGAAAAAAGACAGAGAAAGGGCAUCAGGCUGGUUCUCAGCCUCUUCGCUAGAGCCAACUCUCAAUACCUUUUCCCAGGCAGUGUGGAGAACAAGGCCAAACAUGUGAGCGAUGAUCGUGAGCUGGUGAGGUGGUGGUGCAGAGUGCUGGACCCAGUGCUGGCAAAGUACAAGGCACGUGGCCAGGAGGGUGAGAGGAGUGCGGCGCAAAGCGACACAACGUCUCAAGCUUACUUGAUUGUGCCCGGCGAGGAUACCAUCGUACCUUACCUACCCCCACACGUGCGGCUGGAUCCCGCCCGCCGGGCAAGAUGGACUCAUGGCCACCCUUUGCUCGAGAUAGCAAAGCACCCCUCGGCGCCACCUCGAUGCCUCGUCCCUCAUUUCCCAGACGACCCAAAAGCGCGCUUCCUGGAUGAACUCGACGACGAGCUUCCAGACAGCAGCACGCCAUCAAGUCAGCUCCAGGCGUCGCCGUCAAAGCGUGGAAACGGCCAUUGGCGCAGUGUGCGAAGCCUGGAGCAGUUCUGGGAAAUGAUGGCCUUUCGGCAAGAAUGCUCGUCCGGCCGCCUCGUCGGUUUCAUCUGGGUCGUUUUCACACCCCCGGAAGCCGAGAAGGCGGCUUCUCAGGAUGCACAUGGCUCGGCUCCUGGCUCGGCGUGUGAGCAGGACCCGCAGAGCACGCCGACGUCCCCGUCCCCGUCGUCGAAGCGCAAGUCGUCGCCACAUCACGCCCGAGGCCGGCCCAUGCCUCGUCGGAGAAAGAAGGCACUCAAAGGCCCCAUCAUACCUCGGACGCCCAAGAUCAAGUCCGCGUCCGUCGCGCUAGCGUCAAAGUCCGUGCCCGAAGAAUCAGAGUACUUCAUCUGGCCGCCGUCCAGCAGAGGCGAGAUCGUGCUCGCUGAGAAGGACUACAAAAAGGCAGCCGAGCGCCUGCUGGCGUUGCAGUUCAGGAACGAGGAGACGGCUGUGGCGAGCACGAAGACGUGGGUUGACGAGGUUGCCGUGCUCGCCCACCGAGGCGAGCGGUGGGGCCAGGACGUCGUUGGCCGCAAGGAGCCAGAAUCUCCCGGCGUCGUGCAGACAACCUCUUCGGCUGUGAACACGUUGGGCGUUAAGCGGAAGGCCGACGCUGUCGCUGAGGCUCCGGAGCCAAGCAACGGCGUCAACACGCUCGGGUCCGGCCUCGUCAAGAAAAAGAAGAAGGUACAGCCGCAGCAAGCGUGACGAGAGAGCCCAAAAACAAAAAUCAGCAGAGUGAGGAGGACCACGAAGGGAUUUCGACUUUGAAAAGAAACGAUCUGGACGUUCCAUUUGAUAGGCCAUUUAGCGCAUACGUGAAAACUUCUCAUUGUGGAUAUUCUGUCUCGUGCGAAGAUGACAUUAAAAAAAGAAAACAUGACCGCCCUUUUGGAUGCCC